AUAGGUACGUACCCCACCCCAGGCCCAGGUUCAGAUUAUCCAGAUUCCCCGGAAUUCAUGGCCGACAAGCCUGGCAUGGCUCCAGCCGCCGACGUUUACGCUCCGGCGACUCCACAACUAUGGGUCGCGCUGCUGAACUGGCUAGGUUUUCUCUUCCAGAUCUUCGCGCAGAUCGCCAGAGGCACGCCGUCGCUGACUCAGGUUCGCUCCUUCCUCCGGUUCCGUACCAAUUCCUUCAUCUCCUCUCCGCCUCCGGAGUUCAGGCCUCUACCGACUGGCGACCUUUCGGACUUUCCGGAGCCCGAGGCGGCGCUGCCUCCUCUGCCGGUUACCGUUCAGCCCCUGACAAUCCCCGCUUGUUGCGGCGAGGAACUUCCUCCGCCGAGGCUCAAGGUGGUUCUUGACUUGGAUGAAACUUUAGUUUGUGCAUAUGACAAAUCAACUUUGCCUUCUAUAAUAAAAACUGAGGCUACCAAGGCUGGGUUGAAGUGGUUUGAACUUGAGUGCAUAUCUUCAGACAAGGAAUGUGAUGGGACACCGAAGAUCAGCCAUGUCACGGUGUUUGAACGUCCUGGAUUACAUGAAUUUCUGAAACAACUUAGCACAUUUGCUGACCUUGUGUUAUUUACUGCUGGACUCGAAGGCUACGCAAGGCCACUUGUUGACAAAAUAGAUCUUGAAAAUCGAUUUAUUCUCAGACUUUACCGUCCUUCAACAAUUAGCACGGAGUAUCGAGAACACGUGAAGGAUUUGUGUUGCAUAUCAAUGGAUUUAAGCCGGAUUGUUAUUGUUGAUAACAAUCCAUUUAGUUUCUUAUUGCAACCCUUAAAUGGGAUUCCAUGUAUUCCCUUCUCUGCCGGGCAACCACACGAUGAGCAGCUAUUGAAAGUCUUGCUUCCACUUCUGAAGCAUCUCUCUCACCAAAAGGAUGUAAGGCCUGUGCUAAAUGAAAGGUUCCAUAUGCCCGAAUGGUUUCGAAAGCAAGGAAUCCCGUGCUCUGCGUUGACAAAAUAGGACUACCUUCAUUCUCGGGGUAAUAAUAAUUUAUACCAAAUGACAUCUCAAAGAAAAUGAGUUUUUGUAUGGAUCAAUUCAUGUCAAUAUUCUCAGAAAUGUGAGAUUUCACGAUAAUACUUCGAGAUCACAUAAUUAUCACCGGUGCUUCGAGAUAUUCAAUAAUUUUACUAUAAUAUUCCAAGAGAAUUUUUAGUUUACAUGGAUCCCUCAGUUUCUGGGACAAGAAUCUUUAAAAUCUUGGAGUAUUAUAUAAAUAUUGAAUUUUUGAGCUCAGUAGUGAUAAUUAUGUAAGCUUGGAGUAUUUUUUGUAGAAGAAUCUCAAGUUUCUAUGUGUAUUCACAUGAAUAUCCCCUUCCUUUUUGUAUAGUUUGAUCUUUUACUUUUGUGCACCGUGAAAUCAAGAGUAUUUCUUGGCUCACUAGAAAGGUUGUCCACUCGUCGCCCGUUGACCAUACUUGGGAGAAAUACUUCGUCAUUCGAGAUCAUGUGGCACAUGCUCUGGCAUUUGUGACUCUAUUUUUGUGCGACGAAAGCCAAAAAGGCGUGAGUUGCAAAAAUGGUGUCACAAAUAACGCGCAUGGUAAUAAAUUUGUUAUUGUAAUUUGUGUCUUAUGAGUUUAACAUUGUACAAAUGUGUUUAUAGCUAUUUAUGGUUCUUGGAUGUAAAACUAGUUUAUUAAUAUUUGUAUUAAUCUCUCAACUAGUCCCCCCCCCCUCGAUGAAUUCGAGAUCAUGUGGCACAUGCUCUGGCAUUUGUGGCUCCAUUUUUGUGCGUCGAAAGCCAAAAAGGCGUGAGUUGCAAAAAUGGUCUCACAAAUAACGCCCAUGGUAAUAACUUUGUUAUUGUAAUUUGUGUUUUAUGAGUUUAACAUUGUACAAAUGUGUUUAUAGGUAUUUAUG